ACUAAUGGCGACUAAUCUCCGCCCGUAGCUUCUGCAGUGUUUCUCUCGGCCUUGCGUAUUCGAAGCCGUCAGCCGUCACACUGCAAUUAUCAGCGAUAUUCGUAUCGGCGGGGAGGACAAGCCCCUGCGAAUCCAGAGAGAGAUCCUUCGGCGAAGCAGCUCUCUCCAGAGAAGGAUCCUUGGGCCAAAUGACCUCCGCCGCCAAUGAGAGGGAUUGAAUCGCCGAACCGUGGCCGCUCGUUUCUGCUUUACUGAGAAUCACCGAAAUCUUCUUUCCGGCGGUCCGUCCCAACAGCCACAGGGGCACCUUUGCAAUAGGCUCCACAAGAGGCUUAAAAGGAUCCUCUGGCGCUCUCACCGUGGUUCGUAGCACCUCCGUGAAGCUCCUUCUGUUUUUUACAGCUACGUACUCUGAAUCAGAUAACAAAGGCUUUUUCGAUUCCUGCCUUCCGGUACCAGAACUGACCCACACUUGUCUCUUCCAUUAUACUCUUCAGUCACCAAAAAUUGCCCAUGCCUGUUAGAACCUUUCUGGGCUAACACGCGGAGAUAAGCCGGCGUAGUAUGGUCCCAGAAUACCCUAGAAUCCUCCGCUGCCACCAGCUCAGCGAAGCAGAUUCUUUGCAUCCCAGCCUAACAAGUGACAAUAGUUGAUACGUAGAGUAGAAAGGGAAGCAGGUACCCUGUCUUCUGGCAUGCACUCGAGCUUAGGGCAGUUAUCGAUCUGCAAUUUUUGAAGAGAGGUACUGAUUUCAAGGAUUGCUUUUCUUCUCAAUUUGAUCCGAAUAAGAGAUGGAAGAAAAGCCAGAGGAAGUGGAAGAUGCUGAGAGCACUUCUGGUGAAUCUUUUAUUGAUGGCUCAGAAGACGAGGGACCAUCAACAUCGGGACAAGAUGAUGAAGAAUUGCAUCUUGAGGAACCUUUGAAUGAGAAAGAAAUAGAAGAGUUAAUUGCUGAGUUUUUGGAAGUUGAGAGUAAGGCUGCAGAGGCUCAAGAAGCACUUGAGAAGGAAUCUCUUGCCAAACUGGAGAGUGAAGUUAGAGAGGAGUUGACACAGACUCUCCUUGGGGAAGAGUUGGAAACAGCUGUUGCAGAUGAAAUGGCUACGUUUACGGAAGAGUGGGAAGUUGUGCUUGAUGAGCUUGAGACUGAGAGUGCUCAUUUGCUGGAACAACUUGAUGGGGCUGGCAUUGAGCUACCAAGCCUUUAUAAGUGGAUUGAAAGUCAGGCUCCUAAUGGUUGCUGCACUGAAGCUUGGAAAAAGAGGGUACACUGGGUAGGAUCUCAGAUGACUAGUGAAAUUACUGAGUCAAUAGCUGAUACUGAGAAGUUUCUUAAAAUCCACCAACCUGUAAGAAGACGACAUGGUAAAUUAUUGGAGGAGGGUGCAAGCGGAUUUCUGCAGAAAAAACUUACUGGUGAUAGAAGCAAGGAUGCUGUAACUGAAGAUCCAGCGGUUGAUUGGUGCUCUCUCAACAAAAUAUUUUCUGAUGGCAUAUCUGAUGAUGAUUCUUCAUUUGGCAGUAAGCAUUGGGCCUCUGUUUACUUGGCCAGCACUCCACAGCAAGCUGCAGUGAUGGGACUUAAAUUUCCUGGAGUCAAUGAGGUGGAAGAGAUUGAUGACAUUGAUGGCAAUUCUAAUGAUCCAUUUGUUGCAGCUGCUAUUGCAAAUGAAAAAGAACUAGAUCUUUCUGAAGAACAAAAGAAAAAUUUUAGAAAGGUUAAAGAAGAAGAAGAUGCACAAAUAGAUCUGAAGCUGCAAAUUCAUCUGAAACGGAGGAAACACAAGAAGAGAUGUAAACAGGUCAAUCAGAAAAAUGUUUCCCCAGUUGAUCGUAUGAUAGAAAGCGAUGUAGACAAGUCCACCUCUUGCCUUGACAAUUCUAAUCCUGUUUCAAAUAAUGAAACUUGUGAAGAUGGGAAACUUGUGCCUAAUAAUCAAAAUGAGGCUGCAUGCCAGAGUGUGAAGACUGAUGUUCUUGAAGGUUCUGAAAGUUCUAUUGAUCUUGGUGAGAAAAGACCAAUAAGUAAUGGUGAUUCAUUGCUUUCUGAGUUUGCUUUGCCUGAUUAUACUGAACCCAGAGGCUCCAAGCGCCCAAAUGAGAGUGAGGAGCUAAAAGAUGAUAACAAGAAGAGUCGGACUAUUGUCAUAGAUAGUGAUGAUGAAACUCAUUCUUUGAAGGAUAAUUCAAUUUGCAAUGUGGCGAAUGUGGACCCUCAAUCUGAUUCUAAAGAAAAAAUCGGAGACUCUGGUGCUGGUUCUCUUACUUCCCUGAGUCCAAAUGAGAAGUUUGACUGUACUGCUUGUAGUAAAAUAUCUGUUGAAGUGCACCAACAUCCGCUUCUGAAAGUAAUCAUUUGCCGGGAUUGCAAAUGCUUAAUGGAAGAAAAGAUGCAGGUGAAGGAUCCUGAUUGCUCUGAGUGUUAUUGUGGUUGGUGUGGAGGAAGUGAUGACUUGGUAAGUUGCAAAUCAUGCAAGACAUUGUUCUGUACCACUUGUAUAAAGAGAAAUAUCGAUGGAGAAUGCUUGUCUGAGAUUCAGACAUCAGGCUGGAAAUGUUGUUGCUGCCAACCAAGUCUACUGCAAGGAUUGUCAUUACAGUUAGAGAAAGCUAUGGGAUCUGGAGAUUUGAUGGUUUCUAGCACUGAUAGUGAUUCUGAUAAUUCAGAUGCAGGUGUAAAUAUUGCAUUCAGCUCCAAGAGAAGGCAGAAAAAGAAAAUUCGGAGGAUCCUUGACGAUGCCGAAUUAGGAGAAGAGACCAGAAGGAAAAUUGCAAUCGAAAAGGAACGUCAAGAACGUUUGAAAUCUUUACAAGUUCAGUUUUCUACCAAAGCUAAGACGAUGAGCUCUGCGGGCUGUAUGGGGAAUUUAUCUGAAGGUGCUAAUGUUGAAGUGCUUGGUGACACUUCAACAGGUUAUAUAGUGAAUGUUGUGAGAGAGAAAGGGGAAGAAGCUGUCAGAAUUCCUCCAAGCAUCUCUGCUAAAUUGAAAGCCCAUCAGGUUGCAGGGAUAAGAUUUAUGUGGGAAAAUGUCAUAGAGUCCAUCAGAAAAGUGAAGUCUGGGGAUAAAGGUCUUGGUUGCAUUCUAGCUCAUACCAUGGGGCUUGGUAAAACUUUUCAGGUCAUAGCUUUCUUGUAUACUGCUUUGAGAAGUAUUGACCUUGGAUUAAGAACUGCACUCAUUGUUACUCCUGUGAACGUGCUGCAUAAUUGGCGGAAAGAGUUCAUGAAGUGGAGGCCUUCAGAGUUAAAGCCUCUUCGUGUUUUCAUGCUGGAAGAUGUAUCAAGGGAAAGAAGAGCAGAAUUGUUUGCAAAGUGGAGGGCUAAGGGUGGUGUCUUCUUGAUUGGCUAUGCAAAUUUUAGGAACUUAUCCCUUGCAAAGAAUAUGAAGGAUCGGCACAUGGCUAGAGAAAUUUGUUAUGCCUUGCAGGAUGGACCGGAUAUACUUAUUUGUGAUGAGGCCCAUUUGAUUAAGAAUAUUAGGGCUGAUAGGACGCAAGCCUUGAAACAAGUGAAAUGCCAGAGAAGGAUUGCAUUAACUGGAUCACCUCUUCAAAACAACCUCAUGGAAUAUUAUUGCAUGGUUGAUUUUGUAAGAGAGGGUUUUCUUGGAAGCAGCCAUGAGUUUAGGAACCGCUUCCAAAAUCCUAUAGAGAACGGUCAGCAUACCAAUUCAACUCUUGAUGAUGUUAAAAUUAUGAACCAAAGGUCUCAUAUCCUUUAUGAACAGUUAAAAGGAUUUGUCCAGAGAAUGGACAUGAAUGUGGUGAAGAAGGAUUUGCCACCUAAAACUGUCUUUGUGAUAGCUGUAAAGCUUUCUCCCAUACAAAGGAAACUAUACAAGAGAUUCCUUGAUGUGCAUGGAUUCACCACCAAGGACAAGGUCUCCAUAAGCUUUUUUGCUGGGUACCAGUCCUUAGCUCAGAUAUGCAACCAUCCUGGGAUCUUGCAAUUGACAAAAGAAGACAAAGACUAUGUGGAUGACAGCUCUAGUGAUGAAAACAUAGAUUAUAAUAUGGUUAUUGGAGAGAAGCCAAAGGGUACAAAUGAUUAUCUGCAGGGGAAGAAUGGUGACAGCCUUUUUCAAGAGGAUUGGUGGAAUGAUCUUCUUCAUGAAAAAAAUUUUAAAGAGCUUGAUUACAGUGGCAAGAUGGUUUUGCUGGUUGACAUCCUAACCAUGUCUUCUGAUGUGGGGGAUAAGGUAUUGGUUUUUAGCCAGAGCAUACCGACCCUCGAUCUAAUUGAACUGUAUCUUUCAAGAUUACCUCGAAGUGUCAAAAGAGGGAAGUUUUGGAAGAAGGGAAAAGACUGGUAUAGACUAGAUGGAAGAACUGAGAGCUCUGAGAGGCAAAAGCUGGUUGAGAGGUUUAAUGAGCCCACAAAUAAGAGGGUGAAGUGCACUCUGAUUUCAACAAGAGCUGGAUCUUUGGGGAUUAAUCUUCAUGCUGCUAAUCGUGUAGUUAUAGUUGAUGGUUCUUGGAAUCCAACAUAUGAUCUACAGGCUAUAUAUCGGGCUUGGAGGUAUGGCCAAACAAAGCCUGUGUUUGCUUACCGACUGAUGGCCCAUGGAACUAUGGAAGAAAAGAUUUAUAAGCGUCAGGUGACAAAGGAGGGCAUGGCUGCAAGGGUGGUAGAUAGACAACAGGUAGGUAGGACUAUUUCUAAAGAAGAGGAGAUGCAUCUCUUUGAAUUUGGUGAUGAUGAGAACCUGGACAGUUUGACCGAGCUGGGUAAAGAGAAUGGACAUACAAGGAACGAUAAUAUGUCUGGCCAAGUUGGAAAUUCUCUUACGCAGACAAUGCCUCUUUCUCAUGGAAGCUGCUCUUCUGACAAUAUAAUGGAAAGUUUACUUGCAAAGCAUUAUCCUAGAUGGAUUUCCAAUUACCAUGAACAUGAGACCCUUUUGCAAGAGAAUGAGGAAGAAAAGCUAUCAAAAGAAGAGCAAGACAUGGCUUGGGAAGUAUAUCAGAGAACAAUGGAAUGGGAGGAAGUGCAGCGAGUUCCCGUAAAUGAAUCUGCAUGCGAGCAAAAGGCGGCAGUGUCAAGCAUGCCCCCUCCUGCACCUGAUGAGACCAGCAGCCUCUCACAAUCCCAGAUGAGGAAUCGUAUGGUACAGCGGAAAUGCACUAACCUUUCCCACUUGCUAACUCUUAGAAGCCAGGGCACCAAAGUUGGUUGCAGUACGGUUUGUGGGGAAUGUGCCCAGGAGAUAAGCUGGGAGGACCUUAAUCGGGACGGCAGAGUAGCAAGGUGAAGAGCAUUCCCUCCAUUUUGUUCAUAUGUGGUUGAUAUGAUGUAAUUAAUUGUGAUUAUAAAUGGCAAAAGCUACGAGUUCAAUGCCCUUUUUGAACACAAUAGUGACAUCUUUUUUGUAGGUGUAGCCCCUAAAUUCCUGCCUUUAUUAAUAUUCAGAGGUUUUUCCCUUUUGUUUGGUUAUGUAUUCCUUAUUUUUUUAGGUUGAGGAGCAAGGGUUUUUACUUUUGAAACGGUUGGGGUGUUAUUUUUCUGGUGGGAAUUUGGCCGUUGUAAAUUUGAACUGUAUAAUAAAUUCUCUAAUGAAAUUAGUAGUUUACGAAGAAGUUAAGUGUCCCGUUUGUGGCAUUUGAUGUUGUAAUUUACGUAC